AAGAUACAAAUCCAGUUAGUGUAUACACUUCGCGAUAGAGGUGAUGCCCUCUCCGCAAUUACAUAGCAGCGACAAUCGUUCGCAGUAUUUUUACAGGGAAACACUAAUGAGGACUCUGUGGCGUCAGGUUCAGUUUGCUUCCGCGUCUUUUCGGACGCGUCCCAUUUUAAUGACACCGCCAGUUCAUCGCCAGCUGCGGUCCAGCGAUGGCCCCUGUCAGACACCUCCUGCUGUGCUUGUUUCUGUGCGACGGGCUCCCACGGCACUACGGAUCAAACUCGCGGGUCGGGUGUCUGUACUUGAAAUCCGGGACGUGAGAAUAUGUCCAGAGAAAAGCGCAUUGGCUUGGAUGAAUGUGACCCCGAUUCUCUUUGGAAAAACUCAGCAGACUUUCUUCGAGGGUAUCGCGCUAUUCGACAGAACGGCGACUUCCUGGUCAGAGAUGAGCGUCAAGUUCACCAAGUGUCGCGGUGGAGUUUCCUCAAACAACUGCGAAUAUAAGUCGACGUGGUCUAGGAAAAACAACGUCUGCGCAGAGUUUGCCUCUCCCCUUACACCGUGGUAUUCCCUCCUCAGUACGGUCAAGCCGCCGUGGACAUGCCCCACCAAAGCGGGAAUAUACGAUUUCCAUAACACCACUCUGGACGCGUCGGUGUUCACUGCAUUGGCGGGAAAAUACGUGAGCCCUGAUGUCACGUGGUUAGUGCGCGCAUUGGUGAAGGACCAGGACCGGAAUCUGUUCAUGUGCGUGGACAUUAUAGCACGAAUCCUCCCUUCAGCCAGAAAGAGUCGCAGUUAAAUAUAAACUUCAGCACA